CUUCAGCUUGGAGCAAGAGUAAAAUCUUCCCGAAGAUAGAAGUUUGGGAAUUUCCCAUUGACUCACAUUUCAGACAAAGCUGGUACUUAAUCCUCAGAGCUCAGAGUGAGCCGGGGUGAGUUCAGGAGACACAAGGACAGGACACUUCGCUGAGAAACGAACCAGUGAUCACCUGGCUUCCAGUGAGAACAGACAGCCAUAAUGGAACCCAAACCUCAGAAGAGUUCAGGCAAACAAUUAACAUUAUAUUAUGAAAAUGAAGUCUGCAAACAAGAUUACUUUAUUAAAUCACCACCUCCUCAGCUUUUCUUCUCUUCAGCCUCCUGGAAAAAGCGGCUUUUCAUCCUGUCAAAGAGUGGGGAAAAGGGCUUUAGUCUUUCCUAUUACAAAGACCAUCAUCACCGAGGUUCUGUUGAAAUUGAUCGAAAUUCCAGUGUAGAAGUCGGCAUCAGUAACCAUGAAAAAAUGCAAUCCGUACAGAAGAUGUUUAAUUGCCAUCCUGAAGAAGUGAUGUCCAUCAGGACCACCAACAGGGAAUACUUCCUCAUUGGCUAUGACAGGGAGAAGAUUAAAGACUGGGUCUCCUUCUUGUCAUCACUCUGCCGGAAUAUGAAAGCAGCACACCAGAAUACAGAGGAGAAACUCUCAUUGGGUGAUAGAAGGCCCUCUUCAGACCCCAUCCCUCUCCUUGGUCCUUCCUGCACACCGGAGGCUGUCAGCACGACCACAACAAGAAAAAGUCUUCCAGACAUGGGUUCUUUGGGACUCAGAGGAGCUCAUCUACCGCAUGACUUCUUGUCAGAGACCGCUCAAGAUACAGAAGAAGAGAGUCAUUAUAUUAAUCCUCGAAGUAUUCUUUUAGAGUUGGAUAAUAUUAUUGCUGCCAGUGAUUCUGGUGAACCCAUUGAACCCAUUGGACCUGGUAGUCCAGACCAGGUCUCCAAGGCAGUUGAGCGUCAUUACAUGUCAAUGAAAUCCUGUGUUUCCAAAGAGACGUCCCAUAAGUCUGCUGAUGGCAAAGAAGAAUCCCAGACCCUGGCAGAUAUGCUGAAUGGGGAGCUUCACCCACAAGAACAAGGCUCAGGAACAGGCUCUUGUCUUUCACCUGCCAAUACGGAAGCACAGAUCACGAAUGACAAAAAGGGGUCGGCCUCACUAAGUGUUGUGCAAUUGUCUAUACUGAUCAAUAACAUCCCCGAUGAAAUCCAAGUGGAGAAACUGAACGUGUUCCUUUCUCCUCCUGACAUCAUAAACUAUCUUGCUCUCAAAGAAGCUGCAGGACGGAUAUGUGUGGCUCAGUGGGAUGGCCCCCCGCACCUGGGAUGCUUAUUUUUUCACGGAGAUCACCUUUUGGCCGUGAAUGACCUGAAGCCCCAGAGCCUGGAGGAGUUUUCCUUGUUUCUCAGCCGGUCCAUCCAGAGGGAGAAAGUAAAACUCACCAUCGCUCGGAUCCCAAAUUCAGAGAAAUUCCACGCAAUAGCCUGUACAUGCCACUUACAAGACCAAGGUAUUAAACCUUCUAAACUGGAUACGUCUGUACUGGAGAGGACACUGAAGAGGAAUCUAGCCAUUAAAAAGGGUCAGCAGAAAGGAUCUGGAGAGUAACGUGCUGGGGCCCACUGCCGACGAGUGAGGAUGGGCCCCAGACUCUGUGCUGGGCUCUGCCCCUCACCGCUGUGUGACAGCAGGCAGUCAGCACACCUCUCUGAAUUUCUCCAUCUGCAUCUUAA